GCCAGGGCAGCAGCAGCCCCGACUCCCUGGAAAGCCCAGCAGUCUAGAAAAGCUGGAUUUGGAUUCGCCCCGCUUGGAAGAGUUCUCAGGAAGUUUGAGGGGAGGGGCGAGCCGCGCUCCCCGGUUCCACCCGCUCGGGCGCGGGAGGGCGAGAAGGGACCACCGCAGCAUCAGGUCUCCGUGUGUCACGUUCCCGCCCCCGGGCGGGCUCCUGGUGCUCGCGGCCGGGUCCGCGGGCCGAGCGCACAGGCCGGCAUGGAGGGACUGGUCCUGCUCAACGCCUUGGCCACGCGGCUGCUUUUCGUGCUGCACUCUCUGGUCGGGGUCUGGAGAGUGACCGAGGUGAAGAAGGAGCCGUGGUACUGGCUGCUCGCGCUGCUCAACCUCUUGCUCUUCCUGGAGACUGUGCUCACCCUCAAGUUCAAGAGCGGCAGAGGCUACAAAUGGUUUUCACCAGCUAUAUUUUUAUAUCUGAUUAGCAUCGUUCCAUCAUUAUGGCUUCUUGAGAUGCAUCAUGAGACCCAGUAUUGCAGUAUUCAAUCCGAAGAAAAGUCACAGAAUGUCAGCAGAAAAGAAGACUUCAAUCCAACACUGAUGUCCAAUGAACAAACCAAUGGAACGGAUGAUCUCAUUAAGACGGCCAAAGUUUUUGUAAGUAACUUAUCUACGGUAUGUGAGAAAGUUUGGACUUUGGGACUCCACCAGACAUUCCUGUUAAUGCUAAUAAUUGGAAGAUGGCUUCUACCCAUUGGAGGUGGGAUCACUCGAGACCAACUCUCUCAACUUCUUCUUAUAUUUGUGGGAACAGCUGCUGACAUACUGGAAUUCACAAGUGAGACCCUAGAAGAACAAAAUGUGAGGAAUAGCCCUGCACUAGUCUAUGCUAUCCUUAUUAUAUGGACUUGGAGCAUGCUGCAGUUUCCACUUGACCUGGCAGUACAGAAUUUUGUGUGCCCCCUGUCUGUGACAGCGAGAGGAUUCCUCAGCCUGUUCUUCUGCCAGUACAGUGCCGAUCUGUGGAACAUCGGAAUCAGUGUCUUCAUCCAAGAUGGUCCCUUCCUUGUCGUACGUCUCGUACUGAUGGCCCACUUCAAAGUGAUAAAUCAGAUGCUGGUGUUCUUUGCUGCGAAGAAUUUCCUCGUGGUGGUGUUGCAGCUGUACCGCUUGGUGGUGCUGGCCCUGGGAGUCCGUGCCUCCUCCCACAGUCAGGCAGAUGGCCCGAGAGGACAGCACAGUGGCCCGGGACAGCCCUCCGAGCGUGGGCUCCCCCCCCAGGACUGGCAGAGCGAGCCUCAGGAGGGCCUGGCGCUUCCCUUGCGGGCCACCCCUGUCGCGUCUGAUGACGCUUCCGAGGACUCCCACCCCACACCGUAG